UAAUUGUGUUGAAAACAAUUUUCUCUUCCCAUUUCGUUGCUUUAAAUUUAGAAUAAAAACCAUUUCAACGGAUUUAUUUGUAAAUGCCUACACAGCGAUAGAGGAAUAUGGCAUCAUUGUUUUCACAUUUUUGUUCAUCCACUUUUUGUGUAUUUGACGGCCAGCCAAUCAUAUGCGUUUGAGUGUGUGCGUGUGUGUGGUGGCAAAGAAGGAAGAUAGAAAAAAACCAACGACGAACGAAUGAAGAAGAAGCUCAGAAGUAUUUCUCAGUUUUUUUCGUUGGAGUACUAAUAAAAUAUCGAUUGAUUCUGUGUGGGGAUUGUGUGAAAAAACAAAUUAAAAACUAUCAGAAACCUUUCGCAAGGACUGACAAAAACGCUGGAGAUUGUGGAAACGCACACCUUGCGUCAUCUUUAACAGAAAAAAAAUAAUUAAAAGAGACGGGAUAGAAAAUCCCAUAUUACGAGUAAAUACACAAUGCCAAUGUAAAAUAAGAGGAGAAAAUAAAAAUAUCCGUCGCCGUCGUCGUUGUCGCUGUCGCUGUUAAGGAAAAGGUAAAGGAAAAAUAACAAUAAAAUGAGUUCCCGUCACAACUUCUAUACCGUGGAAGUGGGCGAUACCAAUUUUACAAUACUCAAUCGGUAUCAGAAUCUGAGGCCCAUCGGCUCCGGAGCUCAAGGUAUUGUCUGUGCUGCCUACGAUACUAUAACCGAACAAAAUGUUGCCAUUAAAAAGUUGUCUCGUCCAUUCCAAAAUGUAACACAUACCAAACGAGCUUAUCGGGAGUUUAAGCUUAUGAAAUUAGUGAAUCAUAAGAAUAUCAUUGGAUUACUCAAUGCAUUUACGCCCCAACGCAGCUUGGAGGAGUUCCAAGAUGUCUAUCUGGUCAUGGAGCUCAUGGAUGCAAAUCUAUGUCAGGUCAUCCAAAUGGAUUUGGAUCACGACCGCAUGUCCUAUUUGCUCUACCAAAUGUUGUGCGGCAUCAAGCACUUGCAUUCGGCCGGCAUUAUACACAGAGAUUUAAAGCCAUCUAAUAUUGUUGUGAAGGCAGAUUGUACAUUGAAAAUAUUGGAUUUCGGUUUGGCAAGAACUGCUGGCACAACAUUCAUGAUGACACCGUAUGUUGUCACGCGAUACUAUCGUGCACCUGAAGUCAUUCUGGGUAUGGGUUACAAGGAAAAUGUCGAUAUAUGGUCUGUGGGCUGUAUCAUGGGCGAGAUGAUAAGAGGCGGUGUGCUAUUCCCUGGUACCGAUCACAUUGAUCAAUGGAAUAAAAUCAUUGAGCAGCUGGGUACGCCCUCCACAAAUUUUAUGCAACGCUUGCAGCCAACUGUCCGCAACUAUGUUGAGAAUAGGCCACGAUAUUCGGGCUACUCGUUCGAUCGCCUAUUCCCGGAUGUAUUGUUUCCUAGCGACAAUAAUGAACAGAGCCGGCGAAAGGCUGCCGAGGCAAGAGAUUUGUUAAGCAAGAUGCUGGUCAUUGACCCGGAACAGCGUAUAUCCGUGGAGAAGGCAUUAUUACAUAGUUACAUUCACGUUUGGUAUGACAAUGAGGAAGUUAAUGCUCCGGCCCCCGAGCCCUACGAUCAUAGCGUAGACGAGCGGGAGCACAAUGUUGAGCAAUGGAAGGAACUGAUUUAUGAGGAAGUCAUGGAUUACGAGGCCCAUACAAGUAAUAACACCAAUGCUGGUUCCAAUAACACUCGGUAGAAAUAUUAAUAACAACAACAACAACAACAAAAUAAUAAUACAAUAUCUCAUUCAAUUUAAUUCAAACAAAGCUUUUAAUAUACGAUAAUGUAUAUAAAAUAUUAAAUAACUAAUAAACAAAAUAUCAUCGUAACCCGAAGUAAGGUACGUGAUUUAGUAAAACCCCCCAAAAAAGAAACAAAAAACACACACAAAAAGCAGCUCGCAUUUUUAUUUCGGCACUUGUUUUGUUGGGGUCAGUGAUGGACAGACAGACAGGCAGGCAGGCAGGCGGUGGUGGCGCGUUGAAGGCGUUUGCAGUGGUGAUGGUGAAGACGUGGUGGUGUCGGUGAUAAGUCCUGCAAAGGACUUGAGAUAGUAACAGGAAGCAAUAUCUGUUUUUCUUUUUUAAUUAAAGUAAAUAAAAACUUUUGGCAAUGCAAACUUAAACAUAAA